AUGACGCCUCAGAAUGGACGCAAGAACAAAUCAUUAGAUAUAGUUGUUGUUGGUGCAGGAUUGGUCGGAUCGUUGGAGGCGUUAUAUUUAGCGAAAAGAGGCCAUCAAGUCCGAAUCUACGAAUAUCGCGAAGAUAUCCGUAAGACACCUAGCGUGAGGGGGAAAUCAAUUAAUCUAGCACUAUCAAUGCGCGGGAGGACGGCCCUGCAAGGUGUAGGACUUGAGGAACAAAUGAUUCGAGAUCAUGGCAUACCCAUGAUCGGAAGGUACAUUCACAAAGUCGACGGCUCUACAUACAUUAUACCGUACGAUGCUAGAACUAAUCAGUGUAUAUAUUCCGUGGGACGUAACUACUUGAACUCUCUACUAUUGAAAGAAUCGGAGAAGUACGACAACGUUGUGAAGCAUUUCAAUCACAAACUGAUUAACGCUGAUCUGCGAAAGGGUGCCUUAACGUUUCAAAAAACGGAGAGCGAUGAGACUGUAGAAGUUAGCGCCGAUUUGAUAAUUGGCGCGGAUGGCGCAUACUCGGCCGUUCGCAAAGCCAUGAUGAAGGAGCCUCUUUUUAAUUACAGCCAGAAGUAUAUAGAACACGGUUACAUGGAGUUGUGUAUACCACCAGGUGAAGACGGCGAGUUUCAGAUGCCGCCGCAUUAUUUGCACAUAUGGCCUAGGGGCAAUUUCAUGCUGAUAGCUCUACCGAAUCAAGAUCGCACAUGGACGGUUACACUUUUUAUGCCGUUCGCUAAAUUUAGUGAAAUUGAUACAGAAGAAAAGCUUUUAACUUUCUUUGGAAAGUACUUUGCUGACGCAGUUACCUUAAUAGGGAGAAAGAGAUUGGUGGAGGAUUUCUUUGCAGCAUCAGCUUCAUCGUUAGUUUCUGUUAAGUGUCGACCAUAUAACGUUAAAGACAAAACACUCCUUAUCGGCGACGCAGCACACGCUGUAGUGCCAUUCUAUGGUCAAGGAAUGAACUCCGGUUUUGAAGACUGCACUAUCCUUAACGAGCUAUUUCAGAAACAUAACGAUGAUGUUGAAAGAAUCCUUUCCGAGUUCUCAAGCAUGAGAUGGAAAGAUGUGUUUGCUAUAAGUGACCUCGCUAUGUACAAUUAUGUAGAGAUGCGGGAUUUGGUCACAAGACCAUCGUAUCUCUUUCGAAAAUCAGUCGAUGAUUUUCUAUUUUGGCUAAUUCCCGAAUUAUGGGUUCCAUUAUACAAUUCAGUUUCCUUCACAAAUAUGCCGUAUAGUCAAUGUGUGAGGAAUCGACAAAUGCAGGACAAGAUUUUCAAGUUUCUCAUUUCCUUUGUGGGUCUUCUGACUUUUGGUGGAAUUCUGUAUUUGUCUCUUACA